CAAUUUGUUGAAAAAAUUUGCACAGCGGCUAGGAAGUGUGUGCGUGAAAGAAGAAGAAGCGAACGGAAGAAUAAAGGCAAAGGCUCGGCAUGAAAAAAUUUUCAAGAAAAUUCGGGCAAAAAUUUGCAUAGAUUUUUGUGUAAAAAGCAAAGAAUUAAUUAUAUGGUGGAGCGGCAAGUAACGACAAGAACAAAAAUAGUUACAGAAGGAAAUAAAAAAAGCAAACUAUAGCAGAAGAAUCAGAAUACAUAAGUAAGGUUAAGAGGAAGAGAAGAGUAUAAAAGCAGAAAAUCGAAAGACUGAAGUAAGUUGUUUUAAGCCAAGAGGAGGUGCACUAAUUCCUAGUGCCACUACAGCAAAAUAGUAGGAGGACACAUUCAGGGGAGAACCUACGCUUAACACUUCAAUUUGCCUAAAUUGGACUAUUUAUUUAUACAUCAUUCAUACCACAUACCCGUUUCUUCAUUCAUCAAAUUAAUUUUUGGUAGAGAUUUACAAAUCGCAUUGCAUUGAAAAUUGGAGAGUGAUUAAUACAGAAGCAAAAUGGAUGAUUUAAUGGUUGAAGUGAGGCUCGACAAUGGCGCCUACUAUAAGGGUAUGGUGACAGCAGUAUGCGAUGAUGGUGUAUUUGUUGAAGUUGACGGCAGCCCCGAGGUACAAAAAUAUCCCUUCUCAAAUGUGCGCUUCCCGCCAGAAGAAAACGAUAAUCCACCCGCCUUUGAAGAAGGCAUGGAAGUUGAAGUGUUCACCCGUUCAACAGAACGCGAGUCCUGUGGCUGGUGGAUUGCUUCCAUUAAAAUGAUUAAGGCUGAGAUCUGUGCUGUUGCGUAUAUUGGAUUUGAGUCGCCGUAUACGGAAAUCUGCGAAUUGAAGCGUUUGCGCCUCAAAAAUCAAAAUCCGCCAUUGACGCCCAAGUCAUUUUAUCAGUUCUCGAUACCCGUUCCCGAGGAAUUGCGACAGGAAGCGCAAAAGGAUGGCAUACACAAGGAAUUUCAGCGUACAAUAGGUGCUGGCGUGUGUGUGUACAAUCGUGACUUGGAUAGUCUAAUUGUGAUUUCGAAAUGGGAAUACACUCAGAAACGUGCGAGCAUGCUGAAGGAUAUGCAUUUUCGUAACUUGGCACAGAAGGUUAUGUUGCUGAAAAGGACUGAGGAAGCAGCGCGUCAGCUGGAAUCGACAAAACUGCUUAACCGUGGCUAUACCGAUGAAUUCCAAGUGCGUGAAGACUUGAUGGGCUUGGCCAUAGGUUCACACGGUGCCAAUAUACAAGCAGCUCGCCUCUUGGAGGGUGUUACAAAUAUCGAAUUGGAAGAAAAAUCGUGCACCUUCAAAAUCACCGGCGAAUCAGAGGACGCUGUGCAGCGCGCCCGUGCCAUGCUGGAAUAUGCCGAGGAAUUCUUUCAGGUUCCCAGAGAGCUGGUGGGUAAGGUAAUUGGCAAGAAUGGUCGAAUUAUACAGGAAAUCGUUGAUAAGAGUGGAGUCUUUCGAAUUAAGAUCGCAGGCGAUGAUGAACAAGAUCAGAAUAUACCACGUGAGCAUGGUCAUGUACCGUUUGUGUUCAUUGGCACCGUUGAAAGUAUUUCGAACGCCAAAGUUUUGCUGGAAUACCAUUUGGGCCACUUGAAGGAGGUGGAGCUGCUGCGUCAGGAAAAAUUGGAAAUCGAUCAACAACUGCGCGCAAUACAAGAGUCCACAAUGGGUUCUAUGCAAAACUUCCCCGUCACACGACGAUCCGAAAGAGGUUACAGCAGUGACAUCGAAUCGGUACGUUCCGGUCGUGGUGGACCGCGCGGACGUGGUAGAGGACGAGGCGGUGGCAAUGGCGGCAAUCAGCGUUACCAUCAAGGUCGUCGGGACGAUGAUGAUUAUAACUCCCGCGGUGAUCAUCGUUAUAACGAUCGCAGCGGCGGCGGUGGCGGAGGUGGUUAUCGUGGCGGAAAUGAUCGACGCGGUGGCGGUGGUAAGCAAAAUGGACGAAGAGAACAAAACGGCAGGGAUAUGGGUAGAGAUCACUAUCAUAAUCAUAAUGAGGAUAUGCGUGAGGACACACGUGAAUUGAGUAGUGUAGAAAGAGCCGAAAGUAACUCUUCAUAUGAGGGCAGCUCCAGAAGACGCAGAAGGCAGAAGAACAAUAAUGCGGCUCAUAACACGAAUGGUGGGGUUACCAAUAACAAAUCCCAACAAAACAAACAACCACAAAACGCAGAUAACAAUAAAAACAACAAUGGCGGAGGUGGUGGUGGUGGAGCCGGCAGUUCAUCGGAGCGAUCGAAGCAACAGCUCGUGAACAGCAAAGACGGCAGUAAUGUGGCAAUUAAGGGUAACGUUGACAAACCACAACAGCAGCAACAGCAAUUACAACAACAGCAGCAGCAGCAGCAACAGCAGCAACCGUUACCACCGCAACAACAGCAGCAGCCGCAACAACAACAGCAACAACAACAGCCACAACAAUCGCAGCAGCAGCAGUCGCAGCAGUCGAAACCACGACGUGCUAAAAAUAGAAACAAUCAUGCGGACUCAAUACAGGGGCAGGAUAAUAACAAGCGGGAGACACUUGUUAACGGAACGUCCUAAUGGGGGUGAUGAGAAAGUGUCCGACGCAUGCAAUAAGGCUCCAUAGCUAGAGUUAUAAUAACAAAAAACAACAACAACAACCACCACAGGUAGAACAGCAGCGACAGCGGCAGCAGAAUAUGUAGUAAAAAAAAAACAACAACAAACAACAAAACGAUGAGGAAUUAGGUUGCAACCUAUGAACUUGAAAUAUUGAAUGAAUUGAAUGAGCUAAACAAAAAAAAAAAAACUAAAAAAAAACAAUUACAACACAAAAAAAAUAAAAUUAAUGAAAAAUAAAAACAAUAAACAAAACACGUUACAUAUAAAAAAAAGAGAAAACACUACAAAAGAGGAUACAGCUAGUAGAGAUUUUUUUAUUUAAAAAAAAAUCCAUAUAAAAAUAAUUAAAAAAGAAAUUAUAUAUAUUAUAAAUAUAUAAAAUAGCAUACUAACUCGAUACAAACGAAUUAUACACAAACAUUCACAUACAUAGACACAUUGAAAAACAACCAUUUCGGAUAUGCAUAGAAAGCAUAAUUGCGCGAGUACGAUACAUAAUUCACACUAAACAAUUUAAUUUCGAAGACUCACAAUACCAACAAAAAAAAAAAAAAAAACACGAGGCAUAGUUCGUACACACUACUGUGUAGCUGCCAAAGUCCAUUAAAUAUAUAUAUAUAUAUUUUUUUUUUUUUUGUAUUAAAACCUAAAUUGUUUAAAAUAAAAUUGUUGUAAAUUAAAUUAAAAGGCGACAAGCAAACUUGUAGAACAAGCAAACCAAAUGUAGCACACGAUGCGCAAGGGAAUUCGAUUAAAAAUUUUUCAUUUUCAACAAUGUGUCUGAAUUUUGUAUACAAUUCGUGCAAUACCUAUGUACUCGUAUAUGUAUAAACUGUGCAACUUCUGAAUUUAUCAACGCAACUCGACUUACUGACGUUCAAAAGCAGCAAAACUUCACUCAUUGCACAUCAUCUGUACACAUCUCGUUGUGUAUGUGUCACCUGCACAUCCCUUUCACCUUCGAAUAUUACUUUUCUCCAUUAUGAAACGUCAUUCGCUGUCAUUUCCCUAACUAUCAUACGUACUUGUACUUUUUUACCAACGCAAAUUUCGCUGUUUCGCUCUCUCUCAUCAUUACGUGUAUAAUUCGUUGUAUAAUACAAUAAUAAAAAAAGCAGCAAAAUGCAUAUAUGUAUAUUCUUUCUUUAAUUCUUUAAAAUUAGCAUGUUUUCGAAAUUCGACUUAAAAUAAUAGAAAAUCGUACAUAUUUAUCUAUAUUUUCGAACUGUAGCUGUCAGGUUGCAAAGUAUAUAAUAUGCAAAAAAAAAAAAAAAAACUGAAAA